AUGUUGAUUGAUCACAUCUUAACCAUUCAUCUCUGUUACGUGAGUGUAACACUGGCAGAAUUCAACGUUUCAGAUGCCUACAUCGGCUGUUUCAAAUUCAUCAGCUCUAAUAAUUCGCAACCUCAUGUCGUUAGUAGCAUUAUAGAAUGUUCCAGAACUUGCACUGACCUGGGAAGCACUCACAUGAUCGCCUUAAGGAGAGGAAGAGAUUGCUUCUGCGUCGACAGAAUGGAUGCCGCUGUAGCUUCAUCCCAGUGUCACGCUAUAUUGCCGGUAAAUAUGGGUGGACUGGGUUUGGGCGUCGUGGCCGAGUUGGCACCAUCAGCCUUUUUGUCAUCGGCCGCGGCCACGGCAGCCCUCCAGGAUAAAAUCUUACCAAUGGAUGUAGCAUACCAGGAUGAUUUAAGACUUGAAACAUUUCGGCGUUGGUGCACGGUUUACGGAGAUAUAAUGGACAUAAAUGUGUGUUCGCAGAAGAAAUGGAAUGAACCAUCUUUGAAUGUUUCAAAAUCGAAACUGGAGGAAUUAAAUGACUCUCCCUCAGAUAAGGCCAGGUUGAUGGCCGUCAGAAGUGAAUUGGGGUCUGCUUGGCUAAGGGCCAUUCCCAGUACAGCUUGUGGUACAAGGCUCGUCAAUGGUUCUAUUAGUGAGUUUAUGCUUGAGACUUGGGCUGCCGGUGGUGUCAGGUUACAGAUGCUUGUGUGGGGCGGAUGUUUCUCAAAAGCAAAUAUACCCGCCGUUAAGGAACCAGCAGGCCUACUAUCUGAAAGCAACUUCAGGCCAGAUGGUUACACCCUGGUACCGUGGUCCCAAGGUUGUUGUUUAUCAUGGGAUGUGACGUUCCCUCACACGUUAGCCGAAAGGUACAUCAAUUACACGGCUAUGGAGCAAGGUUCCGCCGCGGUGAAGGCUGCUGAUUUCAAAAAUACUAAGUAUAAAGAUUUAAACGACAAUACGAGUUUUUGUUCCGAUCUGUGUGGAGACAUUUGGCCCAGUGGAUAA